GAGCAUGAUGUCAUUAUGCGUUUUGAAGGCACUUUUGAAAGAGAGAGAGAGAGAGAGAAGGUGCAAGAGCUGUUUCAGUUUUGAAGCUUUUGAAAGUUGUCAAAGAAGCAAACUACUACUCUGCAGUCACUCUGGGACACUGUGGGAUGUGGAAAAAACAGAGUGAAAGAGACAAAUUCAGAUUCUCUUGUGUUGCUUUGCUUGGUGCUGAAGGAGCUGAAUGUGAUCUGCAACCUGCCCAAGAAUAAAGAACUGCUUGAAAUAACAAUAGCAAUCACAAUAAUAUGGGCAGCCUUCAGUUGGAUGAUUUUGUAGCUGGAUGGGUAGGAGGAGCUGCAGCUGUAAUUGUGGGACAUCCUCUGGAUACAGUAAAGACUCGUUUACAAGCUGGACAAGGCUAUGGCACCACCUUUAACUGCGUCCUCACUGUGUACAAAAAUGAAUCUAUUACUGGGUUCUUCAAAGGAAUGUCUUUCCCACUAGUUAGCAUUGCUAUCUACAAUUCAGUGGUAUUUGGCGUCUUCAGCAAUAUCCAAAGGCUCAUUAGCCAAUAUCGCUAUGCAAAUCCUAAUCAUCCACCAGCACUUGCAGACCUGGCUUUAGCAAGCAUGGCAACUGGAGCAGUUUCAGUAGGAAUUGGUGGACCAGUUGACUUGGUAAAGAUAAGACUACAGAUGCAGACUCAAACAUUUCUUGCAGCCAACCUAGGGUUGAAGCAGAGGACAACGGGAUUCUCAGUACAGACUGCCUACAGAGGUCCAGUUCACUGUGUUGGCUCUAUCCUCCGACAAGAGGGUUUAGCGGGAUUAUACCGAGGUUCUUCUGCAAUGAUUCUGCGUGACAUUCCUGGAUAUUGCCUUUACUUCAUCCCUUACACAUUUCUUUGCGGAUGGAUCACGCCAGAGGGAUCCCAUUCUCCUAGUCCCUUUUCUGUAUGGAUGGCUGGAGGCAUUGCAGGAGCAAUAUCUUGGGGAACUGCUACUCCUAUGGAUGUUGUGAAGAGUCGACUUCAAGCAGAUGGGGUUUAUUUAAACAAAUAUAGAGGAGUCAUUGACUGUAUCUCUCAAAGCUACCACGAUGAGGGUCUAAAAGUCUUUUUCAGAGGCUUUACAGUGAAUGCUGUGCGUGGAUUCCCAAUGAGUGCGGCCAUGUUUCUUGGAUAUGAACUUUCACUCAGAGCCCUCCGAGAGCAAGCAGAGGCAAAUCCUUGACUGCCAGGAGUCGUCUGCUCCUUAUCAUUACUACUUCCUGAGCCAAUUUCCCAAUCAAUGCAGAAUGUGGAAACUGCCUUGAAAAAAACCCCAUCAUGCCAGAGAAUUUUCUAUUUGUGAACAGUAAUGGCUGAUCCAACAUAUGAAAGACUGAAGUGUUGGCAAAUCAAUUCAAUUCUGAGGUAAAGGCUGCAAUCAAAAAAUUCCUCCAAACUUUUCAACUGUACAACCUGAGGACGAGACACUCACUUUCUAUCAUCAUCUAUAAGUUGUUAAUUGGGGUCCUGUACCUAGAACAACACAAGGAAAUAGCUUCUAAUACAUUGCAACCAUCUUCUUGUCCCUUGUUUUUAUGAUUAGAUGUCUUGUGAAUUGGAAUACAAGAACGAACUGUAUAAUGUCUUCAAGGCAUCAAGUGCUUAAAUGGCAGUUUAAUCUAUUGAUUUUUGCAUAUCACAAGUGUAUCCCAAUGUAUCAUUGUUUUUUCCCCACACGGUUGCUAUUCCCUAAUUCAAUGUAUGCAUGUUUUUAAUGGAGAAUGGCUUGUUACACUGAAUGAUAAACAAAAUGUAAGAAGAUAUCUGUAAAUUAAUAAAGGAAAAUAAUUAUUUAUAAGCAA